GAGGACUUCGACGCCGCUGUCCAGCAGACGCAGUGCUGGGCGCUGCGGGCCGUCUCCCGCAGCCUGGCGGCCGCGGGGCAGGCUUUCGUCGACUGGGCGCAGGGGUUCUGGAAGAAGCCCCCUGGUGCUGUCCAUCGACAUGCCGAGGGGCUGAUGCCUGAUGCUGGUCGCAUCGAGAAUCCAUGUAUCACCGUGGCGGAGAAG